AUGAUUAUUUAUUCCUUAAAUAUAAGAGGAGGUGGAAAAUUAGUGAAGAGGGAGAGAGUGGGAUUUAACAUUCAAAGAGGAGGGGUGGACAUUGCUUUCAUUCAGGAAACAGGACUUAGGGGAGUGCAGUUUCAAACUGUUAAAGAGUUAUGGGGAGAGGCUUUGGUGGAGUGGUCUCAUUCGGAUGCGGAAGGAGCUUCGGGGGGGGGGGGCAUUUUAAUUAUGUGGAGGAAGGAUUUCUUUAAGGUUAUUUAUAGCUUUAAAGGAGAAGGUUUUUUAGGUUUAUGUGUGGAAAAGGAGAAUAAAAGGAUCUAUUUUGUCAACUUUUAUGCUUCUUGUGAUCACAAUUCUAGAUUGAGAUCUUGGAAGAGGUUAUUGGACAUUAAGAGGAGAAGUAGUGACGGAUCUUGGUGCAUUGGAGGAGAAUUUAAUAUGAUUACUUCUUUGGAUGAAAGAGUUGGUAUUUCAAAGAAGAACUAUAGGAAGGAGAUUGAAGAUUUUAAGGUGUUCAUAGAGGAAAUGGAGUUGGUGGAUCCUCCCACGAUAGGAGGAAAGUUUACUUGGAGAAAUAGUGGCGGAAGUGCUAUGAGUAGAUUGGAUAGAUUUCUUCUAUCGGAUAAUUUUAUUAUAGAUUGGAAGGUAGAAGGACAAACAAUAGGAGAAAGGGAUGUGUCAGAUCCUGCUCCAAUUUGGAUCAAGGAUAAUAAGAGAAAUUGGGGACCUAAACCUUUUAGGUUUAACAAUUUGUGGUUUGAUCAUAAGAAGUUUUUUCUUUUUGUGGAAGGGGAAUGGAAGAAGAUAAUGAUGAAGGGUAGAGGCGAUAUUUGA